UCCCAUUGAACUCACCUCUAAAAGAAGACGAUCCUCCCUCGAUCCUCCUUGUGUUCAGAAACAACACUACCUCCCUUUUCUCUCUCUCUCUCUCUCUCUCUCUCUCUCUCUCUCUCUCUCUCUCUCUCUCCCACCAAAAACCACAAAGGAAGAAGCCAAACACGCUCUUUUGCUCUUGUUUGUUCCCACAUACCACCCUGUUCCUAUUUUGGCAUGAACAUAUUUUAAACAGUGAGUGCUUGUGAAAUCAGUUGCUAUAACUAUACGUGAAAAUUAGGGAAUGGCAUCACCAUCAGAACUUAGUCUUGAUUGCAAGCCCCAAAGCUAUUCCUUGCUACUCAAAUCCUUUGGAGAUCAAACUGAUCAGACCUACAAGCUUGAAGAAUUCCUCUCUCGCUUAGAGGAAGAACGUCUCAAGAUUGACGCCUUCAAGCGUGAGCUUCCUCUCUGCAUGCAGCUUCUCACCAACGCCAUGGAGGCUUCAAGACAGCAACUUCAAGCCUUUAAAGUAAACCAUGGUGCAAAACCAGUUCUGGAAGAAUUCAUACCCAUGAAGCACUUGGCCUCAGAAAGCUCAGAGAAGGCAACAAACAUGUCAGACAAGGCAAAUUGGAUGACAUCUGCGCAACUGUGGAGCCAAGCGAGUGAAGGAGCCAAACAACAACCAACAUUAACAUCACCCAAAGAAGCUGAUAUAGGCUUCAGCAUCAGCCCCAAGCUGGCUCUGGACAACAAGCCGAGGAACGGUGGAGGAGCCUUCCUUCCAUUUUCAAAGGAAAGAAACUCCUGCCAAGGCUCCACAUUGCGGCCUCUACCUGAACUUGCCCUUGCCUCUUCGGAGAAAGAAAUGGAGGACAAGAAACGAGCAGAGGCAGAAAAGGGACUUUCGUGUCAGAAUAAGAAGGAGAAUUCUGGCAGUGAUGGAGCUGUGGUUGAUCAAGGAAAAAGUGGUAGCCCAGUUGCAUCAUCUCUUGCACAAACAACAACAACCACUUCGCAAACUCAUAGGAAAGCUAGAAGGUGCUGGUCACCAGACUUGCACCGUCGAUUUGUUAAUGCUCUCCAGAUGCUCGGUGGAUCACAAGUGGCAACCCCAAAGCAGAUAAGGGAGUUGAUGAAGGUUGACGGUUUGACCAAUGAUGAAGUUAAAAGCCAUUUGCAGAAAUAUAGGCUUCACACAAGAAGACCCAGUCCAAGUCCUCAAGCGAAUGCAGCUGCUCCACAGCUCGUGGUCCUAGGCGGAAUCUGGGUCCCACCGGAAUAUGCCACUGCGGCACACACAGGCACCCCAACUCUCUACGGCGCCCACCCAACCUCUCACGCACCGCCGCCACACUACUGCACUGCCACUCCUGUGCCGCAAGAGUUCUACACUGCGGCGCCGCAGCAGCAGCUGCUUCCGCCUCCUCCGCCUCAUCACAACCCGCUCCACCACCUGCACAUGUACAAGGCAGCGGCACACGGGCAUGGGUCACCGGAGUCGGACCUUCCCGGAGGAGGAGAGAGGUCGGAGAGCAUUGAGGACGGGAAGUCGGAGAGUAGCAGCUGGAAGGGAGAGAGUGGGGAGAACGAAGGGGAGAGGAAAGGGAUCGGUGAAGAGAGCAAUGGGAGUGAAAUCACUCUGAAAUUCUAGGGUUUGUGAGAAGUGGUUUUAGAAUUAGGGUUUUGGUUGCAUACCUACACAUGCAUGUUGAACUAUUCAUUAACAAGAAUGGGAAAAAAACAAAGUAAGUAGAACAAAAUAUCCUAAGCUGUACUUUUUGCAUAUAUAUUUCUGUGGUAGUCUCCGGUGCAGAGGGUAAAAGAGGCAUAAAAGUGGACAUUUGUUUUGUUUUUGCUUUACCAGAUGCAAAGUAUCGAUGCUGCUAUGUAUCAGUAUCAGUGUACUACUAUCAAGGGAAGAAUUGGAUUCCUAUAAUUG